AUGGAUUCUAUCAAGAUUGUAACCCCCAUUGGUAUGCUCGGAUAUGGCUACAGCGAUGCCCUAUUGUACAAGGCAUUGAGCAUGGGUGCUAAAGCCAUUAUCGUGGACUCUGGGUCUACCGACAGUGGCCCGCAAAAAUUGGCUCUUGGUGAAACUACUUGUCCUCGUGAAGCCUAUGUUAGAGAUCUGAGCACUAUACUGGACGCCUGCUAUCAUCACCGUGUCAAGGUAUUGAUUGGGUCUGCCGGAGGCGAUGGUUCUAACGACCAUGUCGACUUAUUUGUAGACAUCAUUGACGAAUACAGCAAGAAGAAGAACUACAAGCUGAAUGUCAUCAAGAUAUAUUCCGAGAUUGACAAGAGCAUCGUUAGAACAGCCAUGGAGCAAGGAAAAGUAUCGCCUUGCGGCGGCGCUGUGCCUCCUCUACAGGAGUCAGAUGUUGACGAGACCGUUCGGAUUGUCGCACAAAUGGGUAUGGAACCCUUCCUUGCUGCUAUGAAUGAUUAUCCAGACUAUGAUAUCAUCAUUGCUGGAAGAGCAUAUGACCCAUCUCCGUACGCUGCCUUCUGUUACAGCAAUGGUUUUACGAAUGUUGGAAAUAUAUACCAUAUGGGUAAGGUCAUGGAGUGCGGAGCUAUGUGCUGUGUUCCCAAGUCAAAGGAAGCAUUGGCUACGGUAUGGCAGGACAAGUUCGAAAUUACCCCGUUGGACCCUGCGUCGAGAUGCACUGUUGAUUCUCUCGCUUCUCAUACUUUAUAUGAGAAAUCAAGACCUGAUCUUCUGGCCGGACCUGGUGGUGUGUUGGAGGUUACCAAAGCAACAUAUGCUGAGACUGGAUCUGUCUCCUGUACCGGUACCGGCGCCAUCUUUCAUCCAGCUACCACUUAUACCAUCAAGCUUGAAGGCGCUAAACAAAGUGGCUAUAGAACAGUUGUCUUUGGAAGCAUUCGAGAUCCAAUUUUGAUAUCUCAACUAGAUUCGUUUUUGGAACUCGUCAAGCAGUACGUGCUUUCCAAAAAGGAGCACCAGGGAUGUGACCUUGCUUUUCAUGUCUAUGGCAAAGAUCCAACAAAUAAUAUGCAGGAUUUGAAGAAGGCUUUAGCGCAAGAGGUAAGCUUAUUGGUCGAAGCCAAGGCACCAACACAGCAACUAGCUACGACGGUUGCAUCGUCCGCUAGAAUUGGACUAGUUCACGGACCUUAUCCAAAUCAAAAGGCUACUGCUGGCAACUUUGCCAUGCCGUUGACUCCUUUGGAAAUUCCUCUUGGACCUCUCUCAGAAUUUAGUAUCUACCAUCUAAUGGAAGUCGACGAUCCUAUUGCAAACUUUCCAUUUUCCUUAACUGUAGUCGGAACAGAAGACACUGUCUCCCGUCAAGAGGACUUUGGGUAUGAUUUGAUUCAACAAACUAAUGGUCAUGUCACUGACCACGACGCACAAACUCUUAAGAAAGCAAGGGAAAGUGCCUUGAAGCGGUCUACACAGGAUUUUGUUGACCUUCCUUCUGAAGAAGGAAAAGUAUUCUUGCAUACGUUGGCACGAGUUAUUCGGUCCAAAAAUGCUGGCCCAUUUGAGGUGACCUUUGAUGUCGUGUUCAAGGACAGAGAGUGUUUAGAAAAGGCAAGGGCAUCCAACAUGCUUGUGCCAGAAAUUCUUGGUCCCUUGUACAACAUCAAGGCUGAAUCUGUUCUUGUUUGUAUGUUCUACGAACCGGCUAAUGCCUUCAAGUUUACCAUUCCAAGAUGGUCACCAAGUGGAGGAUUUGGAGAGAUAGAUGUGCAUGCUAGUCAGCAGCACGUACCUCUCAUGUAUGUAGCAAUCUAA